CAGGUGGUCUUUGGUGGUCUGAUUUAUCAAUCUAACUUUGGCAGUGUUUUAGUGACUACUGCAUGUUAUUGUUCACGCAAGUAAAAAACGAUUAGCAACGAAAAAUGCAUUAUCGAUCUUUAUUAAUCUUGAUUAUUCUUAUCGUGUCUGUAACAACUUCACCUUUGGAGAAAUACAUCAAACUCACAGCUGGAGUGUCCAAGGCAGCCUAUUUACCUCUCGCCGGAAAUCGGUUCAUUCAAAAUGGUCAUAUAAUGGAGAAGGCUAAUGCAUUGAAACGCAAAAUUAAAUUUUUUGAAUCCAGUAAUGAUAAAAACCAAGAAAAGAUCGCUUGUAGUCUUGGAGGAUGGAGUGCGAAAAGCCAUGCCAACAGAGACACAGAGGUAUUGUUGUUCACGCAUCCCGAGAUGAAGUUGGCAAUCUUUGGAUUUCGAGGAACAGAAUCAAAGAACCUCAACGACUGGAGAAAAAAUUUUAAAACAAUUCUCACUUCAGUCCGUAUAGGGUCAGCAGGCUUCAAAAUUCACCAGGGCUUCAGAGAUCGUUAUCUUGAUAUUUCGCCAUGGUUUGAGUCCGAAUACCAAGCUAUUCCUCAAGAUUAUAAAAUCAUGAUUACAGGCCAUAGUCUAGGCGGGGCCCUGGCCACUGUUUCUGCUGUAUAUGCGGGUGGUAAAUUGAACAGGAAACCUGAUGCGGUCAUUCCAUUUGCUUCGCCAUUGGUCGGUGAAAAAGAUUUUCAAGCUUAUUACGAAGAGUUUGUCGGCUGUGAUCAUACCCUUAGAGUAACAGUAAAAAACGAUAUGGUCACCAAAAUCCCGCCACCAUUGGUUGGUUAUGUCCACGUAUGCAGUCCUCUUGAACUCGAAGGUAACACUGGUUUCCUUGAUGAGUUAAAAUUAGCUGAAAACCACAGCUUGUAUCGUGGCUAUGCUAUUGGGUUGGCGAAGAGAUAUAAAAAUGAGAAUAACAUUAAUCUCGGUUGUGAUCGUUCGGCUUAAAUUGAACUUAAUUUACCCGCUAACCUGUUCAAGUAUUAUUAUACAGUGAUUUAUCAACAACGACAAUUAGUGUAUAUAACUUUUCAAUUACAAAAGUUUAUAUUCUCUAGUUUAAUAAAAGUGACUUCACGAUGAUUAAUAGAUAAACAAGUUGACUUUAAUAAAAUAAAAUUCUCAAAUUCCUUGUAAAUGUAAAGAAAAAGACGCAUUUAUUGGCAAACAUUCGCUCAGUUUUACAUAACCAGUAAGAGUACGUCAGUUUCAAGUCCUCGUGACAAAAUUAAAGGUUUACAUUAAAUUUCAUAUGAAAUUUCAUAUAAUCCACUUGCUCCUGUGUAGCCUGGAGCAAGUCAUCGCUAUCAAUUUCAUAACAGCACUGCUUGCAGUGCUAGAUAAAAUCUACCAAUAAAGCGUA